UCCUGUUGCCAGCUUGGAUGAGUUGCUCAGUUGUUGCAAACGGUCAAGAGAUUUGUUCUUGCCAGGGGGGUGGGGGGUGGGGGCAAAAAGCCAACCCACCAACAGUUUAAAAUUAAAAAAAAAAAAAAUUUGAAACCAAAGCCCAACUCAUCAUCAGCCUAUGCAGGAGCAGGAGGGGUUUCGGAGUGAACUGCAUGCAGGAAACAUCUCACAUCCUGAGUUUCAGGACUCUUUUCGCUCUGCUCCGCAACUGUGCAUUCAUGGGGCUGGGACCAGCUGAUCCAAGUUUGUCUUUCAGCCUGGAUUAAGAAUGUCAGAGCGCUUCCAGGCAGGACGACAACGCAGCCCUCCUUUCCCUCGACCCCCGACCCAGAUACUCUGUCUGCUGCUCAGCCUCUUCGUAACCCCGCCACCCGGGUCCCGAGGAGAAACUGUUGAAAGUAAACUGGAAUUCCCUAGGCAAUGGAUUCAAAGAGAACAACUAGAAUACUAUGGCAUAACCAUCCCUUAUCUUUUGAAUGGUAAACCGUGGAAACCAAUAAAGAAUCUUUAUGAACAGAUUCACCCAGCAAUGCUGAAAUUUCUUAUACAAGCCGAAAAUGAACAACUUGUCAUCAGUCUGGAGAGAAAUGAUGGUCUCUUUGCUGGCAACAUCACAGAAAUGCAUUAUUUGGAAGAUGGUACUAGCACUAUUGUCACACGUAAUUAUACGAAUAAUUGCUUCUAUCAUGGCCAUGUACAAGAAUAUGCUGAAUCUGCAGUAAUUUUGAGUACAUGCUCUGGACUCAGGGGUAUUAUUUUUUUUGAGGAUAGAGCCUACAUUUUGGAGCCACUGGAAGGUGCUAUGAAUGAACAUAUAAUCUAUAGAUUAAAACAUCCAAACCUAAUCCUGGGUACAUGUGGCCAUCAUCUCAAUCUUACAGGUGUCAGUUUGGGGGACACUGCACAGUUUAUUCCGACAUUUACUAGCAGACACAAAAGAGAAACUCUGAAGUCCACCAAGUAUGUGGAGCUCGUUAUUGUGGCUGAUAAUCGGGAGUUUCAGAGACAAGGCAAAGAUGUGGAAAAAGUGAAACUGAGGCUGAUAGAAAUUGCAAACUACGUUGAUAAGUUUUACAGGCCAUUAAAUAUUAGAAUAGUCUUGGUUGGAUUAGAAGUCUGGAAUGAUGUAGAUAAGUGUACAGUAACUCAAGAUCCCUUCACCACUCUUCAUGAGUUUCUGGAUUGGCGAAAGAUGAAACUACUACCUCGUAAACCACAUGAUAAUGCACAACUAGUCAGUGGAAUCUAUUUCCAAGGUACCAUCAUUGGCAUGGCACCUAUAAUGAGCAUGUGCACCAAAGAGCAAUCUGGAGGUAUUGUUAUGGAUCAUGCAGACAAUCCAUUGGGGGCAGCAGUAACUCUGGCUCAUGAACUAGGCCACAAUUUUGGUAUGAACCAUGAUACACUGGAAAGAGGUUGCAACUGCAAAACAACUGCAGACAAAGGGGGCUGCAUUAUGAACCCUUCAACUGCCUAUCCGUUUCCUAUGAUGUUCAGCAGCUGCAGCAAGAAGGACUUGGAAAUCAGCUUGGAGAAAGGCAUGGGGAUGUGUCUCUUCAACCUUCCAGAGGUUAAGGAAGCAUUUGGUGACCCCAAAUGUGGGAACGGCUAUGUAGAAGAGGGAGAAGAGUGUGAUUGUGGUGAACCUGAGGAAUGUACGAACCAAUGCUGUAAUGCUACAACCUGUACUUUAAGGCCAGGAGCAGUGUGUGCACAUGGACUUUGCUGUGAAGAUUGCAAGCUGAGGCCAGCAGGGAUUUUAUGCAGGGAUACCAGUAAUUCCUGUGAUCUCCCUGAAUUCUGUACUGGAAGCAAUCCUCAUUGCCCAGCCAAUGUUUACUUGCAUGAUGGGCACUCUUGCUACGGGGUAGACGGAUACUGCUAUAACGGGAUGUGCCAGACUCACGAACAGCAGUGCAUCACCCUCUGGGGACCAGGCGCUAAACCUGCUCCUGAGAUAUGCUUUCAGAGAGUCAAUUCUGCAGGAGAUCCAUAUGGAAACUGUGGCAAGGAUUCCAAAAGUACUUUUGCCAAAUGUGAACCCAGAGAUUCAAAGUGUGGAAAAAUUCAGUGUCAAGGGGGAGCGAGUCGACCUGUAAUUGGCACCAAUGCUGUCUCAAUAGAAACAAACAUCCCUUUACAAGGAGGAGGCAAAAUUCUGUGCCGAGGAACACAUGUUUACUUGGGGGAUGAUAUGCCUGAUCCAGGUCUUGUCUUGGCUGGAACAAAAUGUGAAGAUGAAAAAAUCUGUCUUAAUCGCCGCUGCCAAAACACCAGUGUAUUUGGUGUUCAUGAAUGUGUGACAAAAUGUCACGGACGUGGGGUCUGCAACAAUAAAAAGAAUUGCCACUGUGAGGCUCAUUGGGGUCCUCCCUUUUGUGAUAAAGCAGGAUUUGGCGGCAGUGUUGACAGUGGGCCAGUACGACAAUCUGAUAACAGAAGCUUAAUUGCAAUACUUAUAACCAUCCUAUGCCUUCUGGCGGCCAGUUUACUUGUGUAUUUCAAGAGGAAGACCUUGAUUAGAGUGUUCUUUAUUAAUAAGAAGACUACUAUAGAGAAACUUAGGUCUGUGAGUCAAACAAGGCCUUCCAGUUCAUCUGAAUCUAAUCAUGUUCAUACUGCAACAUCUCUCAGUAAGAAACUAGCCAAACAGCCACAAAAUUCAUCCACACCCAAGAGAAACAACGUACAACAAUUGCUCCAGUAUCAGAAAAGAGAUAUUAGUUACUUUGUGAAGACUCAGGAUGGAUCGAAAUGGAGCCCACCAGAGAGGGUCCAACCUCAUCUUUAUGAGCUUUCUGGUCAACAGUCUGUGUUUGGAAAGGUGCUACCCACCAAGCCCCCUCUGAAAUUUGACCUGGAAUCUUGCAAACCAAGCCCUCCUCAGAAGCCUUUGCCAGCUAAUCCUCAGAAGAACAAAGCUGUUCAGUUUAAUCCUGCUUCUAGGACAAUGUUUGAGCUUCCAAAAGCUAUGCCUCACAUUGCUCCUGUCAGGCCUGCACCAAAACCUCCCCUUCAUGUGCCUAGGCCCUGCAAUGCUGCCUAUAUGAAAUGAAAUGUGGGGGAAAUGAACACCAUCCUUAUUCUGAAAAAAUAGAAGUUUGCACUAUUUUUCAGCUGGAAAUUAAUAUUUUUAUAUCAACCAAUAGAAUGUUUAAUGUUCUAUAUCCCAUUGUUUUAAGAACUCUGAGCUACUGCCUUUGGUGCUAUAGUGUGUGAAGGUGGUUUGCGUCCUUGCUCAGGUACUAAUAAAUUAUUAAUUUAUACUGAUAUUUACUACAGUGCAGAGCACUGUAGUAAAUAUUAUUUCAUCAUAAUCAAGUUUUCCUAGGAUAGAAGCCAUUUCUAUGAUGUUUAAGCAGUCUUGAACCAUCCUUCAUUUUAAAUUUCACAGGCUAUAUAAUACCUCUCAGUGUUUGUGUUCCAUUUAGAUCUAUUCUUUGCAGGAUGCUGACUAGGACUGAAAUAAAAUUGCUGAGAUCAAGGGACCAAUGAAAGUUCAAAUAGAGUUAUCUUUUUUAUUGUUUGCCAAAAUCUGAAGGCAAAAUGUAAUUUGGGGGAUACAAUUUACAAGAAGAUGAAGUAAACAACUGCCAAUGCUGUUUCUAUUGAUAUUCCAUUAGAAAGAUGGAAAAAUACUAUUUGCAAAAAUCAAAAUAUACUGUGAGAUUUUCUCAUAAUUUGAAUGCUUAUAGUAAGCAAAGGCAACCAAAAAUUCACUGUGAUUAUGCAUGUACCAAAUGGAAGUCCAAUCUACCUCUAGUGAACUGUGCAUAUGGAACAUAAAUGUUUUUGGAGAAAAUAAUACAAAAUGUGAUUUGUGCAAAACUCAUCUCCAUCAUCAUGGUACAGAUGCACGUUAAAUAUACACUGAAUUAUCUCUUGAGGCUUAAAUACCUAUCCCAAAAUCAGCAGUUUUAUCCAGUACCCAGAAUCCAUUUUCAAGUGUAACAGAGUCUCAAGAAUAUUUCUUAUUAUUUAUUUCAGUUCUAUAAGAUGUUAGUCAUCUGUUCCAGAAUUACAAUGGGUUAGAGAAAUCUUUAGAUAAAUUGUACUAACACAAGUGAUUUCUUCUUUGUAAUACACAAAAAUAUAGUUAGCCACAACUCACUGUAUAUCCUAACUCAUUGUACUGUAAUGUUAAAUGCCUGUUUUCCAAGAGUGUAUAGAUUUUCAAAUAGCUUUUAAAGUACUGUAUAUUGAAGACCAUUUUAAUUAGAAAUGGUGUGAAAUUUCUAUUGUAAUGCAUUUUUCAAACUUUUCAAUCUUCUCAGUGUCUAUGUAUCUGUGUGUGCGCAAAUAUACAUAUAUAAAAAUCUGCAUGCACACAACAAUGCCCAUGAGGCUCACACUUUGAUGAUUGGUUUCCACUAAUACAGCACAAGGUGCUUGUCCUUUUUUUACUCUGUGGUGCAGCUGACCAUAUAGUCACAAAACUUAUAGGUAGCUUUAUAGUUCCGUAACACCCAGUUCAGAUGCUUACUUACCAUUUAUACGAUGUUUUCAUGUGCAGAAUAGCAAGUAACUCAGCAUGGGAUAGGAGUUUUACCUUUUAAAAAUGUAUUACUAUAGCAGUCAAUUGCAAAAAAAUAUUUCUUACAAAUAGCUGUGCGCAGUAACAAAAAUGCAUUGUUUCCUACUAAAAGAAAAAAUCAACCCAAUAAAAUAUUUUGCAAAAACCCAUUAACAUUGGCUUGAAAGUACGGUGUUUAGCAUUUACAAAAACUAGAUUCCUAUAGAGGUACUGUUUUGAGUUAAGCUACCAUAUUUAGAUUGAAAAAUUUAGAUGGCAAUAAGGAGACAGACAACUCAUUCUGUUGUUGUUGCAGCUCUCUGGUGACUCUGCUGUGCCAUCACUUUUAACUCUUCAUCUCUUAACUCUUCAUCUCCAUAUGUUCACUGAUUUUAUAAAAAAUAAUUUAAUCAGUUCUUAUAUCAGGCUGUUGCAUGCCAAGAAAUUUGAAGAAUUAAACACUUCAAAAACAUUUUUAUAUUUACCUGCCUUCCUCUUACGCUGAAUGUUUUGCUCAUUAGUUUAAUGCAUAGUGACUAAAUAUAUAGCUCUGUAAUUAGCUAUAAUAGAAAAGGUAAAGGCUUCUCCUGUCCAGUCGCAUCUGACCCUAGUGGACAGUCCUCAUCUCCAUUUCUUAGCCGAGGAAGCCUUCAUUAUCUGAAGAUACACUCGGAUAAUCUCCAAUCAUAAACGGCAGAAUUCUAGUGCAUUUUAUGAAAAUGGCAAAUUGUGAGUUCAUCUAUCCCAGUACUAUCUACACUGAUCACUUAAGAUUUCUGAGAGAGAAGUAGGUCAUUUCCAAUUUGUCUGCCUAAAAUUUAUUGAAUUUCCCAUGCCUCUAUGUAAAUGUGGGCACUUUCAUCUGCUCCUCUCUUUACGGUCAGAAAGUCACUACCAUUUAUUUUCUCCCCUGCUAACUAACAAAACAGCAAUUCAAGGCUUAUUUCAUUAGCAGCAUGGAUUACUGACCUACCAUCUAAAGGAUAUCAUUAAAAUUAUUUUACAGCAGUCCUAACAGCAGCUGGGAAGCAUAAGAUAAAUGUAUUUGUCCUUGGUUUAGCAAAUUUAUAAAAAAUAACUGCAUUUUUUAUUGACAAAGCUACAUUUAUUUUUUCCUCUCUCUUAAAAAUACUUAACCAAUUGAAUCACUAUAUUUUACAUCUUUCCUCUUAUUAUAAAUUGACCAAUAUUAUCAUCUGUUAAUACAUAAAACUGCUUCCAGUUCCCAGACCUUUCGGUCAUUCCAGCUGUAUAUGCAACAUGCUAUUUUCCAAAGUCACUAAUCUUUGCUUCCUAAUAGAGAGAACCAGCACCAAAUGAUCUUUAUUUCUUUUUUGGUGCAUAAUUUAACUUUUCCAAUUAUUAUGCUCUGUAUCUAGGCAACAAGAGCAGUGAUGCCUAUGAAGAAACCUGGUAAAAAUAUCCAUAUCUCAAAAUAUAGCAAAAUGGAAUUAUCUAGAAAACAAUUUGCUUUAUAAAUCUUGCAUAUGUUACAAUGUAAUAAUUGAUAUUUUAAUUUAUAAGGCAUUUGGAAAAUAUUAAUGUAAUAUUUAUGCUAAGUAGGAAGAGUUAUUAAUGAUUCUAGAACUCAGUUUUUUAAAAUGAGAUUUGGCAAGUGCUAUUAGGAUUCUUUAUAUUUCCUGCCUCUUGAAUAGUUGUAGGUUUUCCAAGAGCGAUGACCCUCUGUUCUCCAUGAAAAUUAAUUCUAUUUGACUGUCACUCAAAAUAAAUUUGUAAUUGCUUAUUAAAAAGAUGACAUUUAUUUCAUCUAGCAAGAAUCCCAGGAAGAGACUGCCUAUAAAAAUAUUGAAUUAUGUAAGGUUUAUUUUUUCUUUGGUACUAUAUUAAUUCCCCAUCAUUUUUUCCUCUCUAUUUAUAAAAAAAGUGGAAACAAAACUAUUUAGAAGAUAUAACCUUCAGUUAUAAGACCCUAUGCAUUCUUAGUGCCCCAAUCUAACAGGCAUUGUAGACCUGUGGUUGUGUACUACUGCAUGAGAAAUAAGGUAACUCUGUGUAGGUAACAGUUAAUAUUGGACCUCGCAUGUGCAAUGUGCAUAACGUAAGUUAGGCAGGGGUCAAAUGCACAUCACAACCAAAAUCAGCAGAUGAUCCAGCCAAUUUGAUCUUGUCUAGCAUUAUAUAAGUGAGAAGAAACACAGUUCUAUGUGUCUGUUACUAAGUCCAUUAUUCCUUAUCACAAAAGGAGUCAAUAAAAGUAUCAGUAAAUUUAA